CUGGUUCAACCAGUUGUGAAAAUUGUGAAACAUUAUAAUGCUUAUGGUACAUCAAAUGAAAACAGUUUUAAUUUGGAGAGUAUUUUUACAGAAAGUAUUGGUGAAGCAGAGACUUCAGGCAGUCAGUCAAAUAUGAGUGUUAACAAACAGGCGUCAAUAGAGAAUCCAACUGCUGAGAAAAAAACACCAGUUAUUAUGUUUAAAUGGGGCUCUGUGAAAAAACCUUUCAGAUGUCAAAUAUGUGACAUGUCUUUUACUGAUGGUAACUUAUUGCGAUGUCAUUUAGAGAAACAUAAAACAACUAGUGAGCCACAGAAACCAUUCCCAUGCACUUUAUGUUCAAAGUCUUUUCUAUCACAUAGGUCAUUAGAACGCCAUCAAGUAAUUCACAUGGGGCAAUCACAGAAGAAGUGCAAGUAUUGCUAUAAGGUAUUUGCGAAUAAAGAAAAUCUUGAGAAACAUUUACAAAUGCACAAUGAAAAUGCAAGCGACACACGGUCCUGUCAAUUUUGUGAUGAGCAAUUUACGUCACACAAGCUUUUAGAAAAACACAUUGGCACACAUUGGCAGAUGAAGAAUUACCAGUGUCAUGUUUGUGAAAAGAGGUUUAAACGUAAAGAAGGACUUGAGCGUCAUUUAUAUACACAUGAUCUCGGCAAAAGAACGAAACAUCAAUGUGUCGAGUGUCCCAAAUCAUUUUCAUUCUUGUUUGCUCUGAAAAGGCAUGUGCGAUCAGUGCACGGGAAUGAGCCAGAUGGAAAAAAGUGCGAGAUAUGUGGAAAAUUUAUUAAAAACAAGGAAAAUAUUGGCAGGCAUAUGCUCCUUCAUGAGGGGGUGCGCCAGUUUGAAUGUUAUAAGUGUGGGCGGAAAUUCAGUCAGAAGCAACAUGUUAUAGAUCAUAUGGUUAUACAUACUAAUGCCUUACCUUUCCAGUGUAAAAUUUGUACAUGUUCCUUCCGAUACAGAAGGACUUUGAGUCGUCACAUGAAAAAGCAUGUAAGAGUUGACAAAGAGAAACAUGUAUAUGAAUGUUUAGACUGUCAAACAAUGUUCCCCAAUGAGGAAGAGUUAAUUCAACAUUCUAGUAAGAAUCACUAUGAAAUUAGAAACUGUGAGAUUUGCAAGAAAACAUUUAUUGAUGAAAAGUCACAUUUGCGUCAUUUAUGUUUAUUAAAGAAAAAUAGUACAUCUGUUGUCAAUAAAGACUUGGUAAAUAAAUCAACAGAGACUGAUACUCUUCUGAAGACAGAAGCUGUAGACAAAGAAUUCAAAAUAUCUAAAGACCUGAUUAAUACAGGUUCUGAAACUGAGACAGACAUUAAUACUGUCAAUGAUAAUAAUGAAGAGGAUGUUGACAUGGAAGAAAAUCUUGAAUAUUCUGGUGAAAGUAUUGAAAAUCUUGUCAAUGAAAAUAUGUUACAAUCUUCUGUUAAAAACGAAUUGCCAAAUGAUCAGCAAAUUGUAUAUAUUGUGUUUGAUGACAGAAAAAUUGUAGCUAUGGAAGAGGCCGAUGCAGUUGCCCAGAGUGAUCUACAAGAAUCAGAAUUCAUACAGGAUCAAAUUGUGCAGAUUUCUGAAUUCGAGGAACAGUCUCCCUCAUAUGAAUUAGAAGAAGAUGGACUGAGAGAGAAAACAGUUGUACAAGAUACAGAUGAUGAUGAUGAAAAUAGGGAGGGAACAGUCAUAAAAAUAGAAGAAGGUUUUCCAAGUUUGAACCAGACCAGUGAAGCAGUUGCAGGUCCAUCUGAAAAGAAAAUUUUAUAUACUUAUAAUGUAGCUGUGCCUCAAAAAGAGAAAGAAGAUGGCACAUUGAAGACGAUAGAGAAAAAGAUUAACUAUUCUGGAGACAGAUUGAAACUGAUUCAGUCUCUAAUAGAUUAUGCUGAAAAGAUUCAAGAAGAAGAGAAAUCUGUAUCAAACAAUGAAGAGAGUGGUAGUGAAACUCAGUUGUAAAGUUUUUUUCUCUUGUUUAUGUAUAGUUUUGGUAUUGAUAAUUCAUUGUCAGCAUAUGAUAUUAUUUCCUGCUUCUGUCAGACAUCUGAAAAUGUUGAUGAAAUAUAAAUAUUACAUGCUUUUUAGUAAUCUCACUUUCUUAUAAUGUUGUUGCUUUACAUUUGGUUCUGGAAUAUUAAAUUGGAAUAGUUUGUAAUAAAGAUUUAGAUAUGCAUUGCUUU